CGUUACCUGUUUCACACAAGAUUGGAGAUAGCGCUCGCCUGCCGGUCUGCCAUUAUCGCGGUUUCACGCGAACUCUUGGCGCCAUGACCUCUGCUUUGUUAUUGACUUUCCUCUGAUACUUAGUCACUAAAGUGGGUCAGGAUAAUGUUUGCAGAAGGUUGAUGAAAACUGUCUGAUUACACAACGAUAUGUCAGCAUAAUUUUUGACUUAAGUUGGGGAACGACGAGGGCAUGCAGAGUCUGGUAUGGAACUGUCUGUAUACUUACUAAUGAGUCUGGUCCGAGGUAUCAGGUCUGUAAAGCAGCGAGUGUGAGUGCGAGUGGUGAGAAUGAGAAAAGAUUUAUGGCGGCUACGUAGCUGGAGCGUGGACGCGCACUGCGCAUGCGUGUCACUGCGCCACUGAGCGCGCGCUCCCCCUGGCGGCGCGGCGCCGCAGUGAGUUGCGUAACAAAAGCACACUCGCCUCCGAACGCUACGCUGAAAACUUUCGGCCGCUCGGCCCGCGCCUACGACAUGGAGAAGCGUAAAAUCAUAUAAAACUUUUCCGCGGUGCGCGCCGUUUGACACGCUCAAAUUCUUUCUUACUAUUCGGAUUGUCUUAAGCACUUGGAGCGCCGCUUCUGCUUAUUUUUAAGUUUUAGAAGUUUUCUCUCUGAAGUUGACUGUGGCGAAAAGUGAACUGUUGCGGGUUUCGCCGGCCGCUUUAUAUUAGUGUGGACGUUUUGAGUGUUGUGUUCAUUUGCUUUGUUUUUAUUUGCUCGUCGGCGAGUGGUGGCCGGUGACUUCGCUGGUGGUGGGAAUCGAUACUGCGGUGGGAGCGGCAGAGGUCGCAAGGUCGAGUGUGGCGACAUCUCGUGGUGGCACGCGUUCACAUGAAACAUUACAAACUCAAACGAAUUUAUUAUAGGAAUAGACGGGUUUAAUGGAAUAGGAUUUACAUUGCUAUCAGAUACUUGCGCGUCAUGUUGUGGAGGGCGCAGAGGGUGCGGGCGGGUUGAUCCAUCUCUCCACAUGCCGACAGAGCUCUGCACUCAGCAGAAAGAUGUCCUAAUAUGGGUUGGUCAUGCGUCGUGGCACGCGCUGUGGCCAUCUUCCUCAUGCUCAGCCGAGCUUCAGCUCUCACAUCAGACAUAUUUGCAGCGGGAAAGUCGGACAAAGAGAUACUGGACAAUCUUCUGAAAAACUCCCGCUAUGACAAAAGACUGCUACCGCCAGUAGAUGGUGUCCUGACCGUUAAUGUUAGCGUGCUACUUCUUAGUUUAGCUUCUCCGGAUGAAUCUAGUCUUAAAUACGAAGUGGAGUUCUUACUCCAGCAGCAGUGGUACGACCCACGGCUGCGGUACUCGAACCAGUCACAUUACGACUUCCUCAACGCCAUCCAUCACCACGAAGACAUCUGGUUACCGGAUACGUAUUUCAUCAUGCACGGUGACUUUAAGGAUCCGAUAAUACCAAUGCAUUUCGCUUUGCGUAUAUAUCGCAAUGGUACUAUAAACUAUUUGAUGCGGCGACACCUCAUUCUGUCGUGUCAGGGACGGCUCAACAUAUUCCCUUUUGAUGACCCAUUGUGUUCAUUUGCCUUAGAAAGUAUAUCGUACGAGCAGUCAGCGAUCACUUACGUGUGGAAGAACGACGAGGACACUCUGCGGAAGUCGCCGUCGCUAACGACGCUCAAUGCGUACCUCAUCCAGAACCAAACCAUUCCCUGCCCUAUUAAAGCCAGUUGGAGAGGUAACUACAGCUGUCUAAAGGUCGACUUAAUAUUUACUAGAGACCGAGCGUUCUACUUUACUACAGUAUUUAUCCCCGGAAUAAUACUGGUGACCUCUUCUUUCAUCACCUUUUGGCUGGAAUGGAACGCAGUACCAGCCCGUUCCAUGAUAGGUAAAAAUGUGGCUGGUAUCUGGAAUGCUCUCGGUCUUGCAACUGCAUACAUUUUACUCUUCGUAGAUGUUGGCUGGGGCUUUCGAUAUAACACGCUAUCCUAUAGGUUCCGCUUCUUUUAUGUAAAUAAUACUGAAGUCAGAGGUCGUAAAUCACUCUCAUCUAGCAGUUUUUAUGUUUUGUUUAUUUUUAGAUUUUGCUUGACAUUUUUAGGUAAUUACAGCUGCCUCAAAGUGGAUCUCAUCUUCACGCGGGAUAGAUCAUUUUACUUCACCACAGUUUUCAUUCCGGGGAUCAUUUUGGUGACCUCAUCGUUUAUUACUUUUUGGCUGGAAUGGAAUGCAGUGCCUGCUAGAGUAAUGAUAGGUGUAACAACAAUGUUGAAUUUUUUCACAACAUCGAAUGGAUUCCGAUCGACUUUGCCGGUCGUGUCGAACCUCACAGCGAUGAACGUUUGGGACGGCGUGUGUAUGUGUUUUAUCUACGCGUCGUUACUAGAAUUCGUGUGUGUCAACUAUGUUGGGAGGAAACGACCUCUACACAACGUCGUGUACCGACCCGGGGAGAACCCCGUCACACAGGAGGCGAUGGCAUUUCUCAACUGGGGUAAAUCAGAGAUACCUCAGGCGGAAUGUAGCAGCGCUGGAGAUAAAAAGCGCGAGUCGACGGGCGCGGCGGAGCUGGUGUCGUGUACUGCGUGCACGGGGCCGGGCGCGUGCACGCACACCGCCAACAACGGCGGCGUGGCCGAGCCAUGUUUCGUCCAGGUUCGCAAAAAAGAACCGCCGCACCCGAUCCGCGUGGCCAAGACCAUCGACGUGAUCGCGCGCAUCACCUUCCCCACCGCCUACGCCGUGUUUCUCAUCUUCUUCUUCAUUCACUAUAAGGCGUUCUCUUAAUGCUGCAAACACUACCGCUGUCGCUGGCCGCUUCGAGUGAACGGACAUUUACUGUGUUUUUCUACAAUUUGUUUACUGCGUCGCAAAUAUGUACGAGGGCUAGCUACUCACCCAGUUGUAAUACAUAUUUGAUGAAUGUCAACGUUCGAUAACAAUUGUGAUUAUACCCGUUUAUAGUGAUCGUAUUAUAAGAUAAUUAUAGUUUAAGAGACUUAAAGCAGAAAGCUAACGUCGCUGCUUUCCAUAAUUUAACGUCAAUAAAUUAAAAGAUGUGUGCGAUUUUUCUACAGGUUUUGAAAUAGUUUUCUACAAGUUCAUAGACGGACGUUUAUAAUGUAUAUCUACGUGUAAGAUUUACUUUCUUGUGAAUACACGAAAACUUAUGAUAGGAUAAAGAGGGAUCAAUAACUUAUGUAAUUGUAUGAAAAUUCUUGUAUCAACGUGACGACAUCGGAUUUAGUAUGAAUCUAAAGAGAUCGUGUAGUUAAUGAGCGACAGAGCGUCGCGGCGCUCGGCGGGUCGCGGGCCACGGAAAUCUAUUUCAAACCUACAGACAGUUCUGACCUAUUAUAUUGCUUUUAAAUUAUUUAAAUGACACUAGUAAGAUAGCAAAAGACAUGAUUACUUUUUAUAUUUAUUAUUAGAUAAUAAUCACCAUAGUUAUUAGUUUGUCCAAAUCAACACCUGCAUACGUUGUGAUAAUUGUAAUAAUAUUUAAUUAUUGCUUUGUAAAGGUGAGGCGUAGGCUACGAGUGCCCUAUUAUUUAAAGUUGAUUAAGUUUCCAAAUAAUAUAAUUCGGAGUAAUGUAAAAAAUAGCUGUAGAUGCAUAGAUGAAGCUCAAGUCAUUAUUAUCUUUAAAUUCUAAUAUAAAUAUAUUAUACCAGAUGAGUUCACGCUAUUCCAGGGGUGUACAGAUCGUGUAUGCCGACUUGUGUUGAUAUUCUACCAUGAACAUGCCUUCUACAUGUCAAAGAGUUAUUUUUGCCUGAUAUAAUAUUAGUGGUUAAACAGAAAUCGAUGAAUAUAAUGCUGGCUGUAAAUAAUAAUUAAAUUAAAUUACACCUAUCAAUACGUAAGGUAUACUAACCUAAUGGAAUAUAUAAAGUGUAACGAGAUACUUGUGUAUGAGUAUCGUGAAUAUUGUGCUGUGAGACCAUACCGUCACCUUAUAUGUUGCGUAAGUAGGGGUUACUUCACCACGUUAAGGUAUUUGUAAAACUAUUAUAAUAUUGUCCUCAAUCAUCACACCCUAGAAUAUUGUAGUGUCCACAAAUGCUAGAAACGGUUUAUAUUUAGGUGUAAUCAAUUUACAUGAAAUCUUUGUCCAAAACCGCGCUUUCGUUCCUCCCAAGAGCGAAUUUGUAUUCAUCAUAAUACCUGUGCAAGGUUGCCACAAAAGGAUUCAACUUUUCUUUUAUUUAUUUUGAUCUACCUAUUUCUAUGUAAUAAUGAAAUCGAGUUGAAUUACAAUUUAAACACCAUUAAUAUUAUGCCUUUUGCUUGUUAAGAGUGGACCAAAGAGUCAACUGUUUUGAAUAGAUUUUAUAUCUAAAUUAUUAUAAAACGAUAAAUUAUAAGAAAAAAGCGUUUUGGCUGUGCUUUGAAAUCAAAUUAUCUAUUUGAAAAAUGUAGGUAUGCCUGAAUGAAUUAAUAAAUUAUUGAUAUUUA